AUGCCAGUUGCUCAAGUGGUCGACGCCAGCAACUUUUGCACAUUUCUUCCGCCAUCCGAUUCUACGGACCGUGUAAUCUCGGAUACUGAGUACAUGGCCCAAGUUUUCUGUAUGGGUAACACCCCGUUGGCCGUUGGUGCUGGCACGAUCCCUGAUGGUUUCAUUCAGUCUGCACAUUUCGUUGCUACGGACGAUUACGUUCAAGUGACGGGACAAAUCGAACCUUCGAAAGCGAACUUGGAUGUGACCGAUUGGGGAGGUCAAUACGAUAUCAAGGCGCCCAAUCCAUCCGCAUGCGCUGGUUACAACUUCUACGUGAACCUGGUCGAACCAGCCAGUUAUACAUACUGUAUGCGUUGCUGUAACACCGAAACAAACUGUAACCGUGGCAUUUCCGAGAAGGGUUGUGCUCACAUCAUUCCUGGUGAUUAUAGC